AUCGUGUUGAAACACAUCGAUUUGUCGAUGCAGAAUAUAUUCGUCCACUCUCAUGGCCCAACUGGGAUUGUGGGAAUUAUCGACUGGGAAGGAACACGUACCAUUCUGAUGUGGGCUAUGAUUGCGCAUUUUCUGUGGCCGUAUUUUGCGCCUACAGCGGAACAGCAUCAUUUCACAUAA